UUGUGUUCUGAGUUGCCUUUUAGCCUUUGAGUAAGUAUUAACUACUUAACAUGAGUGGCCACGCUCGCGCGUUACCGGCCAUCCCUGCGAAGAUGCAGCCAAGGAAGGAGCGACGCAUGUUCUCUACAUCUGAUGAUAGUGCCAUGAUGAAGCAAGUUCAAGCCACUCAUGCUCCUGAUGGUCGUGAAAUUGAUGUCAAACCCAUUCUCCAAAUCGUUGAUGAAAUAUUGAUUCAAUUCAUUGCCCGAAGUGUUGAGGGUCAUGAGGUUAAACGAGACCAAGACACAUUGGAGAUGUCUGCUGCUCUGGCUGAAUAUGACAUGCUUGACUCGCUGGCUUUUAUCAUAAACAAAAUUUCGUGCGAGCUAUCUUGCAAGUGCUCAGGAGGUGGAGAUGCACAUGCAUCAACAAUGGUGUUACUGAAUUACCUGUCAAGCUAUGCAUGGCAUGCAAAAGUUGUGUUAACCUUAGCAGCCUUUGCUGUUAUUUUUGGAGAGUUUUGGCUUGUUGCUCAGUCAAGUGUUGAAAAUACACUUGCCAAGUCUGUGGCCCUCCUCAAGCAACUCCCUGACAUUAUAGAGAAUUCUUCAUCCUAUAAACCCCAUUUUGAUGCACUCAUCAAGCUUGUGAAGGCAGCACUGGAUGUAACCAUGUGCAUUGUAGAAUUCAAGGAGCUACCAUCUGCAUAUAUUUCUGAGGACACACCUCCUAUGUCUGUUGCCAGUACUCACAUUCCUAUUGCUGCCUAUUGGGUCAUCCGAAGCAUUGUGGCUUGUUCCUCACAAAUUAGUAGUCUCAUAGGCAUGAGAAAUGAGUCCAUUUCAUCAGCCUCAGAGGCGUGGGAAUUGUCUAGUUUGGCUCACAAAGUCCACAGUAUAUAUGAGCACCUCAAAACCCAACUGGCUCUUUGUUACCAAUAUAUAGAUGAAAAGAGGCAUAUGGAGGCCUUCCAUAAUCUGAUACAUCUUUUUGAGUCGGUCCAUAUUGACAACAUGAAAAUUAUCAGAGCUUUGAUAUAUGGAAAGGAUGAUAUUCUUCCACUUUUUGAUGGAACUGCAAAAUCAAGGGUUAGUGUAGAGGUACUAAGGAGGAAACAUGUGCUGCUGCUCAUAUCAGAUCUUGAUAUUUCACAAGAAGAGAUUCUGGUGCUUGAUAAUUUGUUCAAAGAUGCACGGGCGAGGGGUGAGACUCACUAUGAGAUGGUAUGGAUCCCAGUUGUGGACAAAGCCACCUGGAAUGAAGUGAAUAGACAGAAGUUUGAGUAUUUGCAAUCAUUGAUGGUAUGGUACAGUGUUGUUGAUCCUUUCAUCAUUGAACCAUCAGUGAUAAAGUAUAUUAAAGAAGUGUGGAGUUUCUCAAAGAGACCAAUUCUUGUGGCCCUUGAUCCACAAGGAAGAUUAUCUUCCUCAAAUGCUCUCCACAUGAUAUGGAUUUGGGGAAAUUUGGCCUUCCCCUUUACAAGUGAUAAAGAAGAAUCCUUGUGGAAGAACGAGAUUUGGAGCCUUGAGCUGCUUGUUGAUGGCAUUGAUCCAACAGUUUUGGAAUGGAUGACAGAUGGAAAAUGCAUAUGCCUGUAUGGAGGUGAAGAUCUUGAAUGGAUUGAAAAGUUCACAACCACUGCAUUGAGUGUUGCAAAAGCUGGUAGGUUCCAAUUGGAGAUGGUAUACGUGGGAAAGAGCAACGCCAAAGAGAGGAUGCAGAGAAUGAUCCAAACCUUCGUCACAAGAAAGUUCAGCUACUUUUGGCCUAAUGUCACAUCCAUUUGGUUCUUCUGGGCAAGGUUGGAGAGCAUGUUGUACUCAAAGUUGCAGCAUGGAAAGAGCGUUGAAAAUGACGAAAUCAUGAGUGAAGUGAUGACUGUGCUUAGCUUUGAUGGUAGUGAUAGAGGGUGGGCAAUAUUCUGUAGGGGCGCAAACGAAAUGGCUAGAGCCAAAGGUGACACUGCUCUAUCAUGUUUGAGAGACUUUGAUAAGUGGAAGGAUAGGUCUGACCAAGAGGGUUUUGUGCCAGCAAUGAAUGAUUACCUUAAGGAAAUUACCACCCCGCAUCAUUGCAAUCGCCUCAUUCUUCCUGGGAGCACUGGUGGCAUACCACAGAGGGUUGUGUGUGCUGAAUGUGGCCGUCAAAUGGAGAAGUACUUCAUGUACCGUUGUUGUGUGGAGUAAGAGAGGAACAUGUCUUGUUGCACUUGCACACCAUAGUAUAUGUUAUUUGUUAUUCUUGAUCUGUAUUUUAUUGUAUAAGUUUGGUUUGAGAGUUUUUUUAAAUAUAUUUUAUAGCAUCAUAAGCUAUGUCUUUGUGAGAUAUGUAGUGAUAUGUGACAUGCUGAUAUGACAAGGUUUAAGUUUACUAGCUUGCUAGCCAGCUCUUCAGGCCUCAGAAGCAC